AUGCCCACAGUUCUGGUAGAAUUCUGGGAAAUUGCAAUAAACGCUAUCCAUUUCCCUCCGAAUAUUCAACACAACUUCAUUCAGGUGCCAAUGUACAUGCGAAACUCUGCUGCUGCCAUUAUAAUGUACGAGUCAAGCCGGUCAGUGCAUGUUGGAUUGGUGGACAAAUGGGCUGAAGAACUUCGUAAGUGUUGUGGUAUGGCCGAUCCGUUGGUGGUGCUCAUUGGCAACAAGUGUGAUCUACAAGAUAAGCGGCGCGUUUCAUCGAUAGAAGGCCAAGAGAAGGCUUUUGCACUUGACGCACGAUUUUACGAGAUCUCAGCUGAAAAGCCAAUAACCUUUGCCUUGGUGCUAGAAGAUCUCUGCAACGAUCUUUUGUCCAGCGCGAGUGCUGAAGAGAUAUCCUCGUUGCACUCUGUGACCCGUACUGACGUCGUUCGUCUUCCGUCGAGCUCCUCUUCGGUCUCGUCGAAGGACUCAAAGGCCAAAACCAGGUGCUGCGCAUUCCUAUAG